GGCGUGGAAGGAUGCGGUGGGCGGGGCAAGACGGGCCAGAGGGCGGGCCUUGCUAUAUAAUACUUCACUCUGAGAACUUUUUGCCUGUCGCCUGGAUUUGGGGACAGCGUCACGCACACACAUGCACACACACACGCACACACACAUGCACACACACGCACACACACAUCUCUACAGCACCAUCUGGGAAAACUACCUGGUUUUAUUUUUCCUACCAAAUACGACGAUUUCUUCUUCUUUUUUUUUAUUAUUAUUAUUCCUAUUUUUGUUUCUGCUUUUUGAAACACUGACAUGGAGCAAGAACACAACCUCAGUUACCAUUCUGUUUGCCACAGCUGCUACAGGACGGACAGUGGCAUAAAUAAGGGCCGAAAGCUGUGCUCGUCCAGUCAGAUGCUCGUGUGCGCGCUUGUUUUAUCCUUCUGCGUGUUUGAAAUCACUGCAGCAGAGACGCUGUGCGGCGGAGAGCUGGUAGAUGCGCUGCAGUUCGUGUGCGAGGACAGAGGCUUCUACUUCAGUAGGCCAAUAAGCAGGUCGAAUAACCGACGUUCUCAGAACCGUGGCAUUGUGGAAGAGUGUUGUUUUAGGAGUUGUGAUCUUGCACUGUUGGAACAGUACUGUGCCAAGCCAGCCAAGUCAGAGAGGGACGUCUCAGCCACUUCCCUUCAGGUCAUACCUGUGAUGCCAGCAUUAAAACAAGAUGUCCCAAGAAAGCAUGUGACUAUAAAAUAUUCCAAAUAUGGAGUCUGGCAACAGAACGCGGCCCAGAGACUACGGAGAGGCAUCCCAGCUAUCCUGCGAUCGAGGAAGUUCAGGCCACAGGCAGAAAAGAAAAAGGGCCGGGAACAGGCCAAUGUCCACAAGCGUCUUAUCACACUUCCCAGCAAACUCCCUCCUUUAUGGCAUCCCACAGAACACUAAGUCAGCCACAACUGAAGACAGGAGAGUUUGCACAGAGUUAAAAGAGUAGGGGAUCAGAGCUUUGUAUCUGGCGUCAUUUCUGUGGUGGUCCUCUACAUCUUGCCUCCCUCCCUCACACAUACGUUCGCAUUCUUCCAGUCCUUACUCUUGCUGUUUCGUUCAUUAACACGGACAAACGAGACUGAAAUAAGGAUGGAAGAUAACAGUUUGGGUGACUGAAAUUCAGGUGGAUGCUAAAAAUAAUUAAGAGGAGCAAAGGAAGCAUAUGUGAUGAAAGAGAUACAUGGCUUGCAAGAGUCAAGGACAGUUGUUUUGGAGGACAUCAGAACAUGAAGAACUGCUAGCACGAUCAACAAACAUUCGAGAACAUUCUCCCAAGGCAGAAGUAUAUCUUCUCAGUUAAUCCUUAUCCUUAUUAGUUACUUUGCACCGUUCACUAUAAAGGGACAUCCACACUGUAAGGAAUUGUUUUGUAAAAAUUAGAUUCCUGUUCCAGCACCUUCUAAUCACAAACAAAAAACGGAGAAAAGUGUCUGCAAAUUGCACAUUGCCACGGAUUACGUCAAAGUUCUUGUUGAGUAAAUAAAGGCACUAUUUUUUUACGGACAACGAACGUGUAGCUCAAAAAAAUGUCAUGGUGCUAGCGUUGUGAAUGGACUCAAAGGAAAGGAGGUUUGAAAAGCACGUUUUUUUGUUCUUCAAAUAAUUAUUAAGCUUUCCGUUUUAAGGAAAGUGUGACUUACAAAGAGAUAAAAUGAGCAUAUCGGCUGUGGCAAUGUGUGAAGGGGGUGCCACUGUGUAUGGACGUGUCUGGUAUCAAAAUGUGCAACAGUCGCGCCGUGCCCCCCUUGCUUCAGUUCUCACUGCACUCAGUUGAAGGAGCCGUACGUGAGGACACUGAAAGGGUGACACUCAGGCCUGGACUGCACAUAGCCCUGGCCUUGCACUGCAGGAAGUGGGAGUAAAGGGACAUGGAAUAAGUGGGAUGUUUUUUGAAAUCUUCUGUUUUCUUUUCAAGAAGAUGUUUAAAAAAAGGUAAAUCAAAACCUGUUCAGUCUCUGGUACCGUGACGUUCCUGUUGAUGCAAAAUAUCCUUUUUCCCCCCCAUUCAUUUACUUUUUUUUGAGAUGUUAUUUUACAGUUCUGAAGAAAGGCAUAAAUAUCAUUUCAAAGGGAAUAAAUACGCAAUAAUUUCAACUAACAUUUAUUAUUAAAUUGUAUCAGUAGUAUUCACAUGCUUUUGCCUGAAAACAGAUACUUGAAUACAUAAAUAUUAAAAUAAAUAAACGAA